GCGGCGGGGCCUGCGGAGGCCGGAGCAUGGAGAGCCUGUGCACCCGGGACCGGGGCCCGCGCUCCGGGGCCGGGGCUCCGCGUCCUGCUGCAGCCGCGGCGGGUAAGGCGCUCAGGACGGAGGGCGGCGAGCGUGGGCAGCGCGCUUGGACCCUGCCUUUCUUUGUUCGGGUUGUUAGGGUGCCAGCCAGAGCAGGCGUUGUGUAGACAGUUAAGGAGCGUUUCAGUUUCUCUGUGUCUUUGUCACCGGCUUGGCUGAAGUCCUUCCCACAUCUGAACGUCUUCAUGCUUUCACAAAGCUGCCUGGUGAGGCUGGCCUCUCCGCCUUUCCCUGGCUGGCUCUUGCCAGCCUUCCGCACGUUGGCCGUCUUUUUGCUUUCGUUGAUCUCUUUGGGUUUGGCUGCUGGUGAGGACAAUGCAAGGACACGGUGGUGCCCGGGAACACGCCACCCUGCCUCGUCUUCCCUGGUCUGUUGGAGAAUCCAACCUAUGGAACAACAGUUCAUAGUGUCUUGUCCAGAGCCAGUGAGGUCGGAAAAACUCAUUCGUCCACUCUCAGGGAUCCCAGUGAUGUACUUUCACUACUCUGGUUGGAGACUCACUUGUCCUAUAUUCACUUUGCGUCCUCCAGGUCCAACGUUCUUGGAGGAAAGUGAGCCAUGAUGCCGUGCUUAUCGAUGCUGUUUUUAGUUUAACGCCUCAUCAUAUGCAUUUGGGUCUUAGUCUUGAGUCACUGAAAUUUAAAGUAUUUCCUGUAGGUUUUACCUCGAAGAUGGCUCACAGUGACUUGGUCUAUAAAGGAUUAUAGAUGUGAAAUGUGUGAAAAUGACAGUGGGUUGGAUUUCUAUUGUUGUACGCUGUCGCUGUGCUGGAAUUUGCUGUUUCGCUCUAUAGUGCCAGUCUGCUCUGCCCCUGGUAAGGACAGAUUAUGUAGGGUUCUGUUUGUAUUACAGAAUCAAAGGAGUUAUCUGCUAACGACGUUCCAUUAAAAUCAUUAUCCUUUGAAUUUCAAGUUUUUUAGCGCUUCCCUCCAGUAAGGAUAAUCUUUUUGGUAAGGGUACAAGUUGAUUAAUGUCUUCAUCAGCUCAGUGUCUCUAUCACCCCGUUUGUUCCAUGCCCAGUGCCUACCGAAUGAGUCACAAACAAUAGUCAGAAUCCCGAUAUUGGGUUGUGCUUCUUACACAGAAACACAUAGACAUCACCCAUCCACUUAGGGAGAUUCCCAUCUUGUAACUUGUAUUUGGGUCUGGUGGGAGGCCCUGGGUUUGAACUCUGAUAUCACGCACACAGAGAAGACAUUUAAUGGCCUCCUAAUAAUUAAAAGUAGCCAGUACAGUGAAUUUCGGAAGGGUGUUUUUCAAAACGUGGUGAUUAAAGAUACUACGUUGAGCUUGCCUGUUUUCCAUUCUGUUUGGCAUAGAUUACAAUUGUGAAAAGAAAUAUGAGUUGUAAUGGUUUCAUUUUUAAGAUAGCACUCAUCAAGUUAGGAUAAGGUGGUAUUUUUUGACAUUUCUUUUGGCACUGAACACCAUAUCUGAAGGUGAGGUUGGCUGUAAGCAUGAGAAACACCCGUAGACGGGUGGUGUAUCUCGGGUGGGGAGGAAAAAUUCGGACAGUGUGUUGAUGCUUAUUGGUGUCUCUUUUCUCUUCUAGGACCAGCAGAGAGAAGAGAUUCCAUCUUCCAGAGGUCGCCACUGUCUGCCUCCCCACUCAGUCAACUUUUUUAGUGACACCUUCUUUGUCAGGUCCCUCACAGUGAUUGUCACAAAUUAACAUCAUUCCUAUUGACGUGAAAUUUGAACCAGGACACGAAGCCAUUAUCAUCUCAGGAACUGAAAUGGCCAAACAAAUCCAAAAAGAAAUACAGCAAGGUGUGGAAUCAUGGAUUGCUCUUGGGAACAGGAGACCCCACCUCAGUAUCAUUUUAGUGGGAGAUAACCCAGCAAGCCACACCUAUGUCCGGAAUAAGAUAAAAGCUGCUUCCGCUGUAGGUAUCUGCAGCGAGCUCAUUCUAAAGCCCCAGAGCAUUUCUCAGGAGGAACUUUUGGAUAUCACUGAUCAGCUGAACAUGGACCCAAGAGUCAGUGGUAUAUUAGUUCAGCUACCACUUCCAGACCAUGUGGAUGAAAGAACAAUAUGCAAUGGAAUCACCCCAGAAAAAGAUGUAGAUGGAUUUCAUAUUAUCAAUAUUGGAAGACUGUGCCUUGAUCAGCAUUCUCUGAUACCUGCCACUGCCGGUGCUGUUUGGGAAAUAAUAAAAAGAACAGGAAUUGAAACAUUUGGGAAAAACGUGGUUGUAGCAGGAAGAUCCAAGAACGUGGGCAUGCCGAUCGCCAUGCUACUGCACACGGAUGGAGAGCAUGAGCGCCCUGGAGGUGACGCAACGGUGACAAUAGCUCACAGAUACACUCCCAGAGAACAACUGAAGGUCCAUACCCAGCUGGCAGAUAUUGUCAUCGUGGCUGCAGGUAUUCCCAGGUUGAUUACGGCUGACAUGGUUAGAGAAGGCGCAGCAGUGAUUGAUGUGGGCAUCAACUAUGUUCAAGAUCCUCUGACAGGAAAGACUAAACUAGUUGGAGAUGUGGACUUUGAAGCUGUUAAGAAGAAAGCCAGCUAUAUCACUCCAGUGCCGGGAGGUGUGGGACCCAUGACCGUGGCCAUGCUUCUGAAGAACACACUUCUGGCUGCCAAGAGCAUCAUUUACUAGGUCACACAGGAGAAUACAAAAAAUGAAUAGUGCUGCUUAUUUAUUUGACAAUAGGCAAAAUUCAUUCUAUUUUACUACAAAGCUAUUUAUUUCUACAUUGUAUUUAUUUUUUCAUCAGUAGAAUCAUUGUAGAACUGAUUAUUUACACAACUUUAUGGAUUUCUUGCUAAUAGAUUUUGAGUUUUUGGAAAAAACAAAACAAUUACAAUGAUAAUUUUGGUAACAGUUCUUUAUUUUAUGGAUAUUUGUUUAUAAUGUUAAAACAAAUGAAGAAUUCAUAUUUAGUAAAUAUAUUUUUGACAUAACCUAAAUAUCACAUACAGUAUGUUUUCAAUAACUGUUUUGCCAACCAAAUGGGUGCCAUGUAAACUGUAAAUUGUUAUAACUGUGAUUUUUUUUAAUAUAGUUCAUAUUCUAGGUUAUCUGUUGAAAAAGAGCUCAUUUGUUAAGAGGAAGAUAGAAUGUUGAAAAUGAAGUCUUAAUUUCAGUUAUCUCCUGGCAUACCAUAAGGCAAUCCUAUGGAAAAACUGAUGUUUAUUUAAGAAACAAAAACUAUUUAGGCAAAAACUGUUAUGCUACUUGGAAACCUGAAAAAUGAUUACUUGGUGUAAUAGAAGGGCAUGGGUGUUAGGCUCUCACAAUAUCUAUUUCACUGGUGCAGUAUAAGACCAUGUGGUUUCCAUAUUGUUCAUUUCACUUCACUGAUGAUAACAGAAAAAUCUCACAACAAAUGAGUGUACAAAGUCAAACGAAAGUAAUUUCCCCACAAAUAUCAACCAAAUACAACGCUGAUGCUACAUGUAUGAAUCUGUCAUUAAAGAACUGUGAUAUAUUUAUUCACAGGAGCAGAAAUCUGAUAGAAUUAUAAUGCUUUCAUUUUGUUAAAAUUGAUCCUUGGGAUAUAACUAAAAGCUAGUCUUUAUGUACACAUUUCGUCUCUUUUCUAGGAUAGCGUUUGGUUACUAACACAGAUGCUAUGUUUCUAAUUCAAUUCAAAUUGGGAAAUCUGUGUGACUGUUAAUUAAAGGCUAUUGAAUGACUAGAUCCAUAUAAUUGGUACUAAGGUUUCAUACCCAGAUCCCAGUAUAUUUAUGUACUAAUAAUGGUCCUUGUUCAAUGCAUGGUUUUUAUUGGUGUGCCUCUUGAUCCUUUUUGUGAAAAUAGACUAGCGGUUUAUAAUAAUAUUUCAAUUGUCCAAUAAAAGCAAUUUGAAGAAGAA